AUGGGGACCAGACGACGCGUAGUCGUCUCCUGGUUUCGGAAAGCCAAAUCUACCUUCCAGCCAUCGCACACCCCGAGCAAGCAGUUACCACCACAGGUGCCUGAAAUACUCGUGUUCGUUGAUGUCCCUGAUAUUGACAACAUCCUCUGCUGCCUCUCCGUCAUCAAAGCCCAUCCUAAUCACCGCGUCAAUAUCGUACUUACACCCCGCCCCGUCGACUUCACCGUCAAGCCUUACCCAGGUCCCGAUGAUGCGCCGGGACAACCCGGCCCGGUGGGAAGGGCCCUUUACAACAUCAUCCCUCGUCUGCCAAAUGGCAAGCCCGAUACCACCACUAUGGUUAGACGCAGGAUGCAAGCAUACACGACGCCGCCCGAUUGGGUGAAAGAAAUCGAGGACGAGGAAGUACUGCCAUACUUUGCCACUCCAGAUCGGGUCUUCGAGGCCAAUGACUCGAAUGGGCUCAAGAAGGACACAUGCCACUACAUGAAAGCGUCUGCCUGGCGCAUUUUUGACAUGCUGUGCGAAGCCGGAGUCAUUUCAUCCGACACUCUCAUUCGCUUUUUUUGGGACCUGGAAUCAAUGGAAAAGGUCGCGCCAGGACUAAGGCACGCGGCUCACGUGGCCGACUUCACAUACGGCUAUACCACGAAGAUUCACCCGCCCAAAAAUGAGACACCCAAACAGAAGAAAAAGAGAGAAUCAAAACAGGAAAACGCCAAAGCAAUGCUUACCCGAUUUCAAGAGAUACUGCUGGAGGAGGAUCCGGAGAAACGCAGGGAGAUGUUGCGGGGGUACUGUGACAUUUUCAGCCAGGCCAUGGCGACGAAGUACAACCGCAAAAGCAUCCUGUCGCCCUUCGACGACUUGAUCGCAGAGCAGACGACAUCAUCGGCCAGCUUCCAACCAGGAGACUGGCAAGCCGUGAUCGGCGGGCCUUUCACCGAAGCCUUGAAGUGGAUCGAAAAGGGGGGCCGAUUGUCAAAGGUGACGGGCAUGGCCUUUUACACAAAGGGCAAGCACAACACUCUCCCCAACCAAUUCAACGUCGGUGCCGACAUCUGGUCAGCCUGGCAUUUUCUUCAGAAAGUUAAGGAGAAGAAUAUUCCGUUCCUGAUCAUGCCGACAGAAAUUGCCAAGGCACCAGAGUGGAAGAUCAAGAAGGAGGACCUCGACACAAUCUUUGCAGGGCACGAGGACAUCAGGACAGUCGUCGAGGAGUUUACCAACCAGUCCAAAACUCUCCAAAGCAUCACGCUCUUCGACUGGAUCACUAGCAUCAUUGCGCGUGACCAUAAUAUUCUACCUAGCAAGCCAGUUCUUCCUUACCUGGCGGAGGAGGUAGUGAUCGAAAGCGAGGAGAUCGUAGACGGCAAGAGCGUUAAGAAAAAGCACGUGGAAGUGCAUGAAGUGCCGCUUCCAAAAGACUGGAACGCAUCUACAUAUCCACCUAAAUUUAUACUUAGGGUCAGACCAGUCGACCCAGAAGAGGGCGGCAGCGUCAGGAUGUGUUGGGAUGACCCUGGCGAAGAACAUGAGAUCGUGCAAUUUCUCGCCACUGUCCAUGUUCAAUAUCAUUACGAUAUCUGUAGCAGCCCCAAGCAACCCUGUUUGUGCCCCGUCUGCCGCCUUGGUGAUGAUCUCCUCCCUGCUCAGCCCAUCGUCGGCCUGGACGACCAGUUUUGUUGUAAAUUCGUAUCCGAAAAGUGUUUUGAGCGGGAUGAAGGGGCGAUGGUACCUUGA